ACACUUUUUGAAUUAUUGAUUAGUCUUCAAAUGGAAGCAAGUUUAAACUGUAGAACACAGGUGAAGUAAAUUGCAUCUCAAUAACAAGAAAGAAUGUUCUUAAAAUUGGCAAUGUUCAAAGGUGGAAUAGACUGGUCCAUCAGGUAGUAGAUUCCUUCAUUCAACAUUCAUUCAUAUAUUGACCUUUCACCAUCUGUCACACAUGUACCAGGGUGAUGAGGUUCAACAGUGAGCAGGACACUUCCCUUACCCUCUAGGGGCCACAUCCCAGGAUACACCAUCUCUAUCUAGAUGUUUAUUGGACAUGGAUGUUCUGAAAGAAAACAUCAAGUUUCUUUUUAAUCUCUUUAAGAAGACAAAACAUGCAUAUACAAUAUUAAGUAUUGGUAUAAUAUUUAAAUUAAAGGUCAAGAUAACAGUAAGGAGUGAGAGACAUUCAGCAAAACAGAAAAAAAUGCUAUAGGAGUUCAGAAAUAUCACUUAGGACUGGGGUGGAUUUGGGAGUACUCUAGGGGAGUUGCAACUUAGACAGAUGGAGAACAAGGGCCUUUCAAAUGGAAAUGGCCAUAUAAAUAUGUAAGCAGAGUGCUCAACAAAUUGUUGCUAUGAUGACUACCUUCUGGAACAGUCCAGCAUUGGCCCUUUUAAUAGAAAUAUUGGCUUACCAGGGAAACCUUUUUUUAUUAAAAACAAAGACUUCAACUGCCAGUGUGUUUUGAACUGGGGUGAAUUCAUCUGGUUGGCUCACUCUUUUAGUGUUGAGUUCACUCUGAACGAUGUCAACAACUGCACUGUACACUUGAGUCAAUCCGAUUGUGUCCCAGCUCUCAUUUUUCUUGCACAACAUCUUUUCUCAGUGCUGUGUUGUGUAAUGUAUGUAUAAGAAAAUAUAAACAGCCAAUUGCCGGAAGAGAUUUAACGUUAAGUUUUUCCAGUGAAACAAAAUGUUUAAGAAUCUGAGUUUGUUUUUCAAAGAUCACUAAAUUUUAGUUAUGAUUGGAUCAUAUUUUCCAAAAUGUGUGGCAGUUGUUGCCCUCCUUGCCUUGAGUGUUGGUGCAUUGGACACUUUUAUUGCUGCAGUAUAUGAGCAUACAGUGAUAUUACCAAACAGAACAGAAACCCCUGUUUCAAAAGAAGAAGGUUUGCUCCCGAUGAACAAGAACAUAGAUGUUUUGGAGAAAGCAGUUAAGCUGGCAGCGAAGCGGGUAUUAUCCUUUUAUACUUGUAAAGGAGACUUGCAGUUUGAUAAAAGAGUAUUUGGAAUUCAUGAGAAACUUUUUUGCCCCACUUGUUUUGAGCAGGGUGCACAUAUCAUUGUGACCCCAGAAGAUGGAAUCUAUGGUUGGGUCUUCACCAGGGAGAGCAUUUACCCUUAUUUGGAGGAUAUACCAGACCCUGGAGUGAACUGGAUUCCGUGUAGAGACCCCUGGAGAUUUGGCAACACACCAGGGCAACAAAGACUCAGCUGCCUGGCCAAGGACAACUCUAUCUAUGUUGUGGCUAAUACUGGGGACAAGAAGCCAUGCAAUGCCAGUGACCCUCAGUGUCCCCCUGAUGGCCGUUACCAAUACACUGAUGUGGUGUUUGAUUCUCAGGGAAAACUGGUGGCACGCUACCGUAAGUACAAUCUUUUUGCACCUGAAAUUCAAUUCGAUUUCUCCAAGGAUUCAGAACUUGUGACUUUUGACACUCCCUUUGGGAAGUUUGGCAUUUUUACUUGCUUUGACAUUUUUUCUCAUGACCCAGCUGUUGUGGUGGUGGAUGAGUUUCAAGUUGGCAGCAUUCUCUACCCCACAGCAUGGUACAACACGCUGCCCCUCCUCUCGGCUGUUCCCUUCCAUUCAGCAUGGGCCAAGGCCAUGGGAGUCAAUCUACUUGCUGCAAAUACCCACAACACCAGCAUGCAUAUGACAGGGAGUGGAAUCUACACCCCAGAAGCAGUCAAGAUGUACCACUAUGACAUAGAAACAGAGAGUGGUCAGCUGUUGCUAUCAGAACUGAAGUCUCAGCCUUGCCGUGAGCCCACCUACCCUGCAGCUGUUGACUGGCAUGCGUAUGCCAGCAGUGUCAAACCGUUUUCCUCUGAGCAGUCAGAUUUUCCGGGGAUGAUUUAUUUUGAUGAGUUUACCUUCACUGAGCUUAAGAGAAAUAUAGGAAAUUACACAGUUUGCCAGAAAAAUCUGUGUUGUCACUUAACUUACAAGAUGUCUAAGAAGCAAGCAGAUGAGGUCUAUGCUCUAGGUGCUUUUGAUGGACUGCACACAGUAGAAGGCCAAUAUUACUUACAGCUAGAAAUGCUUAAAUAUAUGUGCACAUUACUGAAGUGUCAAACCACUGACCUGGAAACGUGUGGAGAAGCUGUGGGGUCAGCUUUUACCAAGUUUGAGGACUUCUCUCUCAGUGGCACAUUCGGAACGCAUUAUGUUUUCCCACAGCUCAUUCUAAGUGGGAGUCAGCUUGCCCCUGAAAGACAUUAUGAGAUUUCAAGAGAUGGACACUUGAGGAGCCGAAGUAGAGCCCCUUUGCCUGUCUUAGUUAUGGCCCUGUAUGGAAGAGUGUUUGAGAAGGACCCUCCACGCUUAGGGCAGGGACCCGGGAAGUUCCAGUGAUCUCCUUUAGCAGGGCCUUUUUAGGAUCAGCCUGGCUAAGGGAGGAAGAAAAAAGAGAUCCGUUAGUGUCUGUUUAGAAGAGAUGUCAUAAACUUACAGAAACAAAUAGAAUAAACUUAAGCAGAUUUGAAAAGCAA